AAGUGAAGUGUUUUGUUUUGUAUACAGUUAAAGUCCAACUGUAUCAAAGUUCAGUAAUGAACCUGAACCUAAACUGAGUGUAGAAACAGAUACAGAUAAUCCAGCAGAAUGUCCGCAGUGAUUCCACGCAUUGAGCAGCUGUCCUCCCGGGUGGUCCGGGUCCUGGGCUGUAAUCCGGGUCCUAUGACUCUGCAGGGCACCAACACUUACCUGGUGGGCACCGGGAACAGGCGCGUGCUGAUAGAUACAGGUGAGCCCUCUGUACCUGAGUACAUCAGUAAUCUGAAGGAAGCUCUGCGGCAGAGUGAAUCCUCCAUUCAGGAGAUCCUCAUCACACACUGGCACCAUGAUCACUCUGGAGGAAUAGCAGACAUCUUCACUCACAUACACAGAGAUCUGGAGGUCAGUAAGCUUCCCCGCUCUCCUUCUCUGCCGGAGGGGAUUGGAGAGGAGAAAAAGCAGUACAGAUACCUGAAGGAUAGAGAUGUCAUAAAGACUGAGGGAGCUACUCUACGGGUACUGUUCACCCCGGGUCACACUGAUGACCACAUGGCUCUGUACCUGGAGGAGGAGAAGGCAGUGUUUUCUGGAGACUGCAUUCUGGGGGAGGGAACGGCUGUGUUUGAGGACCUACAUGACUACAUGCUCUCACUGCAGACACUGCUUGACGUCAAAGCAGACCUCAUCUAUCCAGGUCAUGGUCCUGUUGUUCUGAGCGCGUGCAGUAAGAUACAGGAGUACAUCACCCACCGAGCUGCUCGGGAGCAGCAGAUUCUGGAUGUGCUCAGAGAUAAUGGUGCGGAUGCCUUCAGCUCCUCUGCCUUGGUUAAACUGGUCUAUAAGGAUACUCCUGAGUACCUGCACCGUGCUGCAGAAAUCAACCUGGUGCACCAUUUAAAGAAACUACAGAAGGAGGGAAAGAUCACUUUAGUUGGGGAAUCGAAGGAGAGGAAGUGGAAGAGCAACCUGUAACUCGUUGCCCAACAGAUUAACACUGAGUUUUACACACUGAUAUUGUGCCUAUGUGGAAAUGUUAUGGUGUAUUCAUCUAUGUAAUUGUGCUGUUUUAGCAUCUCUGAAAUGCACUCUGCCUACAGACUCGUCUGUUCACUUGUUGGGUUUAUAGGUUCCUCUGGUUUCAGUGGCCCAGCCCACUCUUCUGAUUCAUCCUGACUAAUGCAAAUCAAAAUUCAACACUUUUUUUUAAAAUACUAAAGCAGGUCUUUUGCUGUGAUUCUUCCAACGUGGCCGAGCAUUUGAACAAUGAACAAGCAAGGGUCAAAUUAUAAGGUACAUUGUAUGUUAAUUUUAACAGUAAUGUAACGUUUACGCAUCUACUCUCAACAUAUGUUAUUUAGCAUAAAAUAAAUAAAAAAUAAAUAAAAAAAUACUUAAUUAAAA